GUACCAAAACAAGGGAGCGGCAACGACAGAGUUCGAAAACUACAACGAAAGAAACAUGUAAACAGCGCUUUUAUUUCUGUACCUUGCUGAAUUAUUGGCCUAUAGGUUUGAAAUGUAGUUAAUGUGGUAGUUAGAAAGCCUUGUUCCUUCUGUAUUUAUUUUAUUUCGGUAACGUCAGCCUCCUUAGCGACGUUAUUAAAAGACAGCUAACAAUGCUAAUCUGUUAGCAUCUUAGCACCGGUGCUAAAUAAAACCAGUAAAAUGGUUCAGAACGUGUUCAGGACCGGGUUUCUGGUUCGAGCCUCACAUACCCUGCUCACCUGGGUCAUUACCCUCACUUUGUUCCUCCACAACACAGAUCUGCGGAGGUAUGAGGAGCGAGGAGAGCUGCUGCAGCCGCUCCUCUUCUUCCUCGUGGUCGUGCUGUCGGUGCUUUUGUACUUUGCCGUUUCUCUGAUGGACCCUGGUUUCGUUCUCACUGACACUGACAAGGGAGUCCAGGGGUCACACGAGGAGAUGGAGUCGAUGAUUCCUCAGAACGCGACCCCUCGGCUGCGGCGCUGUGGAUACUGUCUGCUGCAGCAGCCAAUGAGAGCCAAGCAUUGCCAGACGUGUAAACACUGCGUGCGUCGCUUCGACCACCACUGCCCGUGGAUCGAGAACUGUGUCGGGGAGAGGAAUCACCGCUGGUUCAUCAUCUACCUGCUGGUGCAGCUGCUGGCUCUGCUGUGGGCUCUUCACAUCGCUCUCUCUGGGAUCUCACCCAGUGCAUCGUGGGAGCUGUGGUUCAGAGUGAACGGCUUCCUGCUGGCGGCGCUGGGCGUGGUCGGUGUUUUCUCCGUGGUGGUGGUCCUGCUGCUCUGCUGCCACCUCUACCUGGUCUCCAUCAACUGCACCACCUGGGAGUUCAUGUCCCGACACCGGAUCUCGUACCUGAAGAACUGCGGCGACGAGGAGAACCCGUUCGACCGCGGCCUCUUCUGCAACCUGUGGGACUUCUUCUGCAUCUGCAGGACGGUGAUGUGGGAGAAAAUGUACCAAAGAAACAACCAGAAUCCUGUCUGAGCAAAGGACAGACGCCACGCCACGGUCCACGCCGGGGUCAGGUGGAGAAAAUCGUUGUUGAAGUUCCCCCCCAGAGAUCUGAAUGUUUUUAUCUUCCCUCUAAAAAUAAACUGAACCAUGAAAUGUUGUCAGCCAUCAUCAAAUGUGCUGCAGAAAGCUGCCUUUGGUUUGAGGUUGUUGAAUGUUUGAUCGUUUUUUUUUACCUCCACACUAAACGUCUACCUGAUUAACGUCAGCAUGCAGAACUUACUUUACGAGCAUGAUAACAUGAUGAAUUUGGCAUGUAGCUGAAAGCCUCUAAAGCAGACAGAUUUACCAUGAAAGCUGCAGACCCACAAACUUUUCUAAGGCGUAAUGCAGUGGUUCUCAACCUUGGGGUUGGGACCCCCUUGGGGGUCGCCAGAUACUAAGAGGGGUAACCAGAUUACCUAAAAAAAAAACCCUAAGGAUAUUUUGUUGCCACUUAACACCAAAUUUUAACCAGUUUUCAUCAUGAUUGCCAUUUUAAACUCUUUCCACCACUUUUUCUGCCUGUUUUU